GUCUCAUUUGGGCGUAGAAAAAUUAUGAACGAUGCCAAGGAACCCUCUUCUUCAAACAGUAAUUUCUCUAAUGAAUUUCAGAGUUCACAACAAAUGGAUUGGCUCAGGGUUCAAGAUUCUCUAAAGGGGAAAUUGAUUACUGAAGAUGACUUCAAAUGGAGAUUACCCACAAGAGAAAAAGAAGGAAGUUGUGAAAUACUGAAGUAUGUUGGUGGGGUUGACUUAAGUUUUUCAAAAGAUGAUUCAUCUAUUGCCUGUGGCACUCUUGUUGUGUUGGACUUGACCACUCACAAAGUUGUUUAUGAAGAUUCUUCUAUUGUUAGGCUUCACAUUCCAUAUCUUCCUGGCUUCCUUGCUUUCAGAGAGGCUCCUGUGCUUCUAGAGCUUUUGGAUAAAAUGAAGAACAAUGCUCAUUGUUUCUACCCGCAGCUACUAAUGGUUGAUGGCAAUGGAUUGCUUCAUCCUCGAGGUUUUGGUUUGGCUUGUCAUAUUGGUGUCUUAGCUGAUCUUCCUACUGUUGGGGUGGGGAAGAAUUUACACCAUGUUGAUGGUCUUACACAAUCUACGGUAAGAGAACUCCUUCAAGCAGCAGACUCUCCCAAACAUGUCUUACUGCUAAUUGGGGACUCUGGAUGUACCUGGGGAGUGGCAAUGCGAUCAUCUGAGGGCUCUUUGAAGCCCAUAUUUAUUUCAGUUGGUCACCGUAUAUCUCUCGCCACUGCCAUUGAAAUUGUGAGGAUGACUUGCAGAUUUCGUGUUCCAGAGCCCAUCCGGCAGGCUGAUAUAAGAUCAAGGGAGCGCCUGCGGAACAAUCAAUGAUUCUCUACAUAAUCGCUUCUCUGUAUGUUUGCUGAGUUUCUGCUACGUUAUAUGAACUCAUUUACGGGUGACUAUAAGUAUCUUGUACGGGUAUAGAUAGAUGUAUUUUUUUUACUAUGUUUGCUCGAACUCUUUAAAAAUGUUGAU